AUUAUUAUUAUUGAAAUUAGUGUUCGAAACCACACCCUAAAUUUGUUUAUAAUUUUGUGUACGAAAAAAUAAAAAGAAUUCGAAUUAUUUUUUUAUUAUCCCAUUGAUUAUCAAAAUUUCGAAUAUAUGGCUGAUGAAACCGAAGAAUCUUUUCACUCCACCGAGCAGACAACCAAAAUUGAGACGGAACCUGAAAAUACAAAAGAUGCUGCUCCAACUGAAUUAACACCAACACCUGCUUCUUCUUCUCCUAAGCCAAUGACCUCCUUCAACGAACAUGAAAUUUUAGCUGAACAAUUUGAAAAUUAUUUGCGCAUUGCCCAGGCUCUAAUGAAAACUCUAAAGCGACCCAAGGAUAUUGAAAUUUGUACGAAUCUUUUGCGCAAAGUUCAACGGCUCAAUGACAGCAAACAUUUGGAGGUGAAACGUAAUAAUAACGCCUUCUUUCGUUAUUGUCUAAAAGUGCUAAAGUGGACUAGUGACAAUCAACCUUUGGAAUUAUAUCAAUGUUGGUAUCGCAAUAAGGAUACUGUUGAGGGACCUACAGAAUCACGCACUUGGUUGGAGAAUAACAAAUCCUACAUGGCUUUAAAGUUUCUAAAAGAUGGCACGAAUAUUAUAUACGCUGCCGUGGCCGAUGAUCCAGCGGCAGGUUGGCAAGAUGGUGGUUUGAAUAUAUUGGCAAAGCGGGGAGCUUGUUCGAGGAAUUAG